AAUCCCACGCACUUGUACUCAUCAGUCAUCGACAGAUCUUCGUAAGCAACAUACAUACAUAGUUGCACAAUUUUGCACAAAUUUUGCAAUGUCUAGCUACACAUCUUGCAAAUUUUUGUGGCUCAUCAUUUUAUCCAUAAUAAUUGUUUCUGAUGGACAAAGCAUAACGAAGCAGUACUCUUCAUAUCGUCCUAUGCCACUCUGCAACCCAUCCGACUAUAUCCGCUACCCAACAACAAUUGAUGACGUGGUUGCUAUUGUUCAAGAAGCUAUUUCCAGAGGCGUCAAGGUUAAAGCAUUCGGUGCUCGUCACUCUCAGACCGACAUUAUUUGCACCGAAGGAAUUCCAAUUGACAAUCAUGGGCUUACAUUUUACCAACUAAAUGAGGAUGGAACAGCGACGUUCGGAGCUGGGGUAACUCUGCACGAUGCGACCGAAUUCCUACGAAACAAUGGGAGAGCAUUUAGAACAACCCCAGCGUUUGGGAAUAUUACCAUGGCUGGUGCCAUUGGGACUGGAGCACACGGGUCUUCCAUCAAGUACACCUCCUCCAUUUCCUCCCAAGUCGUGGGUGUGACAGUGGUGGAUGGGCUUGGAAACGUUCAAAACGUAACCAACGAGUCUGACCUCCACGCAUUCCGAAUUCAUCUUGGACUUUUGGGCAUCGUUGUCCGCAUCACUUUAACCACGCAUCCGCUCUACAAAACUCUAGCCCAUAAUUAUAUCGUGAGUGAUUCCGUCCUGAUCAACGGUACGGCACAGCAAUGGGCCCUAGAGGCGGACCAGAUGUCGCUUUACUGGUUCCCCAGUAUGAAUCAGGUCGUGGUAGCGAAUUGGACUAUCGUUGAUCCCAAUACUACGGGAAAUGCGUACACCUUUGAUCAUGUUCCUUCGACUUAUGAUAAUUUCAACAUUCUGGGGUCGCAAGUGUUUGAAGAAUCUGCUGUAUUGACCCAAAAUAGAUGCUCUGCUGUACGCCAACUUGGUUUUAAUACUAUCAGCAUACUCCAGUCUUACAUGCAAACCACCUUGUGGACCACUGUCCCAGACUUUGUUCCAAUUUACACUGAAGACGGCGUAACGGUGGUAAAUCCUGCAGUUGGUUAUUAUGAUAAAAUGUUUGCCCCCGUGUGCAAUGAUGGCCCAGGAAAUGGACCGCUACAAUGUGCUUGGGGACAUGGAAAUGUGCAUGCGAACAUCACCAUUUUGGACAACGAAAUCUCCCUGGAUCUGAAUGACAUGCCUCAAUUUAUCCUGGCUGUCAAAGAUAUUUUGUCUAAAGCACCUGCUUUAUUUCCUAUCCAAGGAAUUCUCAUGCGAUUUUCUGCCAGCUCUGAUACCUACAUGUCUAAUUCAUACGGAAGAAACUCGGUUCACUUUGAAUGGUACUUGGCAAAUCGAGUGGACAUGUAUCAAGAUGCAGUUCCCAGCCUUGCUGCCUAUCAAACCAUGAUGCAAACUCUGGUCAAAGGUUUUAAUGGGCGGUCACAUUGGGGGAAGAGCGGUAUGGUUUAUCACAGUUCCCCUCUGCUGGAAUUGAAACUUGAUCCUAAUGCUAGAGCCGGAUUCAUCUCUGCAAUGCAGAAAUAUGACCCAAAUGAGGUGUUCCUCAACAAUUUCGGCCGUCGUAUCAAGAGAAUUUCGACAGCUCAAGAUACCGAUCCCUCCAACGUACACUGUGCCCUUCGUGACGAUUGCUUCUGUUCUGUCGCGUCCGAUUGUGCAUCGUAUCAAAAAUGCGUCACCCUGCCAGGAUACAGCAGUUACAACGUGUGUCAGACCAGUCGAGAACAGCCUCAAACUUUCAUCCCAUUCCCGAGUUCGCCUUCUUUGGGUGUAAUCGACUGGAUGAAUUCCACCCUUUCGUCAUUAACGAACGUGGUGAAUGGGCUCCUGACCAGUGUGCAAUGUCUGCUAAAUGGUUAAAAUUAUUAAAAUGUCACGAUGCAAGAUUGUUCCUGGUGUAUUAUUCUUGUUGAUAAAAUACAUAUUUGUGGUGUAUGUUUGACAUUAUGGACGAAAA